CAGUUUCCAUAACGCUCCCGGGUGUUUUUCUCCAUCCGCCGUCAUCCACGUAAAUGGAAUUUGGUGCAUAGGGGACUCAAUACGGAACAAUGCAGCCGCGCGAGACAGUGGCGGAUCUCGCUUUAGGAUACGUUUUUCAUACAAAAAUGGCAAUGCGUCAUUGAAAGCAUUCGCGAAAAUGACUACCAUGUGGCCAUUUUUUAUUGUAGAGAUUUUAUUUUUUCGGUUUUUCAAUUUUUUUUGGCAUUUUGGUUUUCAUAUUCUUGUGACAUUCGCUAUUAUUACUUCCACUCUGUAAUUCGCAGUUGUAUGUUGAACAUAUUCUACGCUUAUUGUUUAUUAACGAUUACAAACAAAGUGUUAAUGACACUAUUAAAUUGUCUUUAUCUCUAAUCAGAGUGUGAGCAUCAGUUCCAUGUAUUUGUAUAUCGUUUGCACUCAUGGCCUCGCAUUUGUUGAAUCCAUCACUGGAUCAUAUGCAAAGUAAUCGCCAGUUGAAAAGCUUUCAACCCAUCAUGCGACGCGAUGGAGAAUACUAUCAACUUGUCACUUUUAUCCUUCAGCCCCUCUUUUGCACCACUUCAAUCGCUCUCGAGGAAACCUUCGCACGGAUAAUGGCGAUCGUCAUUUAGUCACUUCCGGUGGUUCCGCGAAACCACGGGGAUUUGCAUGAAAGUUUACUGCUAUGCGGAGUUGUUUUCCCUCUGCAGCUCUGCAUCACGUUGAAGCUUUCCAACAGCAAGAAGUUGCGAAAUGUUCAGAAAAAAAUCAUUCGUAAACUUUAAUUUCAACAUUCUCCUGCGAAACUCCCUAUUUAGUCUCUGGAGAUAAUUCUACAAUCAUUUUUUCGCUCUACUAAGUAAACGUUUUACGUACAAUAAUUUAUUUGUGAGAAAGUAUGAAGAACAAAUUGUAGGAAAAUUGAGAAAAUAAAUAUAAUAAAUACACAAACACAGAGAAAAUAAAAAAGAACAUACACGGCAAGACCUAAACUACAAUGCGCUAAUUGUAAUCAUCUAUCAUCUCAGGAAACUAUGCGGAGGUUUGCCGCAAAAACAUUGCGCGAAGUUAACUCCAAAAUGUGGAAUCGGAUUAAACUCGGCGAGGCACCGACUCCACUCCGGGCUUUUGUGCAGAGCUGCAGAGGGAAAUUGUUCCCGUUGCCUGCAGUCGAUAAAGGCAGUGGUGUAGUUUGCAGCGUGCGGUAAUGCGCAUGUGCGCAUGCGCAGCAGUGUGAUGGCGCGUAUCGCCGCCGUCGUCGGUCAGACAUGUCGCGGCAAGUGGAUGGUCAGGAGCGAUGACCAGGACGGUACUGGUGCGCCGGUUUUCGUUUCGCGCGACAGGCCUCGGGAAGUUGUGAGCCGCAUGUUGAGUCAAGAAUUAUGUAAUCGUUCGGUACAACAGUUCUGAUUGUACGCUGUGAAUCUGUCCCGAGUCGACCGCGAGCGCCCAUCAUGGCGACUACGAUGCUCCGUCGGAAUGAGACCAGCAACGCUCCGUAUCUCACGGACUUCCCCGAGCGGGUGCGGCAUGGCUGGUUUAAAUCUGCCGAGCCGGACGCGAUUCUCGUGUGCGAGAGGCAGCCGGAUGUGUACAUUUGGGUGAAUGGCAGAGUCAAUUGUAGGGUCGUCGGUAAAAAUGGCGCUUACGAGUGGCACUUUACGAUCAUCACCACAGGAGACAAGCGGUUACGGAAUGUGGCUUUGAUAUCGGACGAUUAUCGUUCUAACUUCGUGCUCAAAUCCGUAUUCGCAAACGGCACCGAGAUUGGAGUUACGAAUGGCCAGGAAUGGCAUGAUCCUCGCACCUCACCGAACGACUUAAGUUCAUCGAAAGAAAGACGGUAUUCCCUGAGGAUCGCGUUUGCCGCUCAUCGUCAUGGCACGUAUCGACAGAACGUGAUCUUCGGCUUCCGGCGUUGUCCGGUGUUCCUGCAGAGGAUCUGUGCGGACUAUCUGCCGAUUAACGAUUAUGCGCGGAUCCAAACGGCCACGGAUUAUCAGCUAUCGCAGAUUCCACCGACAUGGAGCAAUCCGCUGGCAUUCUAUUCGCCAUUCAUGCCGCAUGCGAAUCCAAGGGAGAUCAUGUUGUCAAAGAUCUAUCCUUAUCCCAACCAGCAAAACUUCUUUCUCACCCAGGACACGCUCUCGGACGAUCAGUUAACACCGCGAAACUAUCGAGGUCGUAUGCACGAAGUGAUUACCCUCGAGGAGAUCGCUAGGCAUGAACAGCUUUCGAGAUACAAUCAGAUCUCGAUGAUACGUCUGCUGUCGCAUUACGUACUGACGACCAGCGAUGGCUCUACCAUUGCAAAAUAUACGCCGCCUGGUGAACUCUUUGCUCAGCUCCCAAUUUGUCGCGAUAACACCGAGGAUACACAGAGCGGCAGGCUCCUGCAGCGCAGCUGCAACAGCGUUCUACUCAAAUGGAAAGAACCUACGUCCGAAGAGAAAGAGGUAAUCUUCGAAGCUCACAUCGAAGACAUAUCUACACAUAGCGUGUUUAUAAGACUGAGCGCACCAUGCGUGAGCUAUUGGGACCUGCAGGAUAAUAGCGACCAUGAAGUAGAAAUACGCUUCAUGUUAAAUCGUCUGAGCUUCUGCGAAUGGCAUUUGGCAGUGGAUAGCUUCGAGAACAUGGACUUGGUGUUCCUCAACGAUAAAUAUCGUCAGAUCGAUCAAAUUAGCCACUUUCUACAAAUCGACGCCGACAGUUUUAAUAUCUUUUCUAAUUUAUGUCUGGAUCCAGUGCUGAAUCAAGAGCAAAAGCAAGCGGUCACUGCGUUAACGCUGACAACUAAAAUGUCAUCACCGCCACCGAUUCUCUUGCUGGGUCCUUUUGGCACAGGCAAAACGUUCACUUUAGCGCACGUGCUACGCGUGCUCAGCCAGGAUCCGAGGAAUCGGAUACUUCUAUGCACACAUAGCAACAGCGCUGCCGAUCUUUACAUCAAAGAGUUCUUCAAUGACUGGUAUAAGAAGCAGAAGUGCCUCAGAUUUAAGCCCGUUAGGAUAUAUUACAAAUUGCGUGCUUUAAACACGGUGCAUCCAGUGGUACAGGAGUACUGCCUGAAGGACGAACACGGUCGUUUUCGCGACCCGGUCGAGGAAGACUUGCAAGAUUGCGGCUUAAUAGUGACCACUUUAACAACUUCCAGCUGUCUGGCCAAUCUAAAUCUGUCGCUAACUCAUAUAAUCAUCGAUGAGGCAGCCCAGGCCUUUGAGUGCGAAGUACUGAUUGCCCUGACCCUGGCAAAUCGGGACACCCGUUUGAUUCUAGCAGGUGAUCAGAUGCAACUCGCGCCAGAGAUCUAUAGUGUAUUGGCAAAAGAUCUGCGAUUAGACGUUAGUCUCCUGGAAAGAUUGUACGAGUUUUACCCGCGGGAACAUCCUUGUCGAAUACAUUUGUGUCAGAACUAUCGAGCACAUAAGGACAUAAUCAGAUACACGUCUCAGAUGUUUUACGACGGGAUAGUUAAACCGGCUAACAAAGAACUGAUGAAACAUCCUACCUUGAACACGUUGACCUUUUACGCUGUUCGCGGCCAGGAACAGCAGGGAUUACAUUCUACUCCGGGAUACUACCAUACGACAGAAGCGCAAGUACUGGCAGAUCGCGUACUAGAAUUGAAGAAGGCAUGGCCGACACAGCAAUGGGGCCCGUAUAACGAAGAAUCUAUCGGAGUCUUGUCAUAUUAUGCUGAACAAGUACAACGAUUGCGAAUCGAAUUGCGCAACCGGGGACUCUCUGAUGUGUCCGUCGAGAGAGUAUUGAAUGUCCAAGGCAAACAGUUUACCGUCAUUUUCAUCAGUACAGUUCGAACGCAAAACUGUUGCAGAUCGUCUGCCGAGACGAAAAUUAAAGACUACGGUUUCCUGACGAAUCCACGACUACUAAAUACCGCUCUGACAAGAGCAAAGUGUCACGUCGCGGUCGUUGGCGAUCCGGUGGCUUUACUCACAAUAGGCUCCUGUAAACAAUAUUGGAAUAAAUAUCUAGAAGAGGCCGAUCUGUACGGAAUGGACCGAGUAGAGCUGCAGAACCACUUGAAUCUGGUUCCGGAACUUCGAAUCUCGCGCUUGAAUCCACUCGCGCAAGAAUUCAUUCCCAGAAGAAUACAUCCGUGUAUUGUCACAUAUGUUGCAGUGCCAGUUACAUACCCAAUAUUUUUUCGCAACAAUCAAUUUUCUGGAUAAAUAUAUUUUCCUCGCCAAUGUAUAAAUAAAGAACAAAGCUACGAGGUCCAAAACAAAUUUUAUUAUGCCGGGAUUCUGAGAUGGAAUCAUUACAUAGUAUAUCGAGAAGUUUUGAACUACUAUUAUUUUGUUUUUGUUUUUUUUCCAUUGACAGACAAUUAUUUUUGGUUUUUUUAAAAAUCGAACAAGAAACUACAUCAAACUUGCAAGUGAUAUCUAUAAUUUCUCAAAUUUUCAUUUAAUAAUCUGCGGUAUAACCUACGUAAGUCCAUUAAAAAGAUAAUAUUGUAAUUAUCUGUAAUUAUUUAUAUAUAUAUAUAUAUAAAUAUAUAGUUUGUACAUGGAUAUGAGUAGCCAUUUAUAAGAGACUAUGAAUUUUUCAUUUUUAUUGGAUACAGUAAGUUAUCUAUUUAUGUAUAUAAAUUUUCUAGAAAAUAUGUAAGUCAUAUUUUGGAUCUAUUUGACGAUUGAUGAUUUGUUUGAGUGUUUUAAAAUGUUCCUUCGACGUUUGACUGACACAGACAUGAUUUGUCAAGCACAAGUAUACACGUAUGUACAGAAUGUUCCGUAGUAGAGUAAUUGUAUUUAGCAACUUUAAAAACUUUCUUCGCAUUCAAUACUCAAUUGUAAGACGGCAAUUUUCUUAAUAAAAAAUAUAUAUUUUA